AGUUAUACACAACCGUUUUUAUUGUGUGGUAUUCUACGAUGACUCUGCUUUCGGAGGAUAUUUGUGAAUUAAUUCAACAAUGUUUUAAAGAAAAAAUCGAAAAUUUUGAUAUUAAAUUAAACGAAGGAAAUAAAAAAGGUGAAGGGUAUAUUGGAGAAAUUAUUUUUGCUUCACUGGAAAACAAACUAAACGGCAAAGAAGAUCAUUUGGUUAUAAAAAAAGUAUUUAAUAGUGAAAUAGAAAAGACGCGUGAGUUUUUAUCUUCGUCAUAUUUAAACGAAAUAUUCUUUUACAAUGAUGUGUGGCCUAACUUAAAGAAAUUCCAGAAUACGUUCCCGGAAGUUACACCUGUGGAUGUCGCGGCAAAAUGUUACGGAACGUCUAGUGUGAAGGGAAGCGAAAAAGUGAUUUUGGAAAAUUUAAAGUUCAAAGGUUAUGAAAUACACCCUAAACGGACGCCGUUGAGCAAGGAAUUAUUUGAAGAUAUAUUUGCUUUAUACGGAAAAUACCACGCAACGUCUUUUGCAUUCAAACAUUAUCAUCCAGAAGAAUUUCAUAAACUGGCGUCGAAUUUAAAAAAUAAUUGGUGUGGGUUUCAAGAAACCGAACUCUGCAUUACAGCUAUUAAACACAGUUUUGGGGGUGUCAAAAUGAUUCUGGAGUUUACUAAAGAAGAGGAUAUUUUAAGAAAAAUGGCGCCUUAUAUCGAAAAUGGUAGAAAGAUUUUUUCUGACAGUCUUAAUUAUGAAGGUCCAAAUUCAGUUAUAAUACAUGGUGAUUGCUGGAGUAAUAAUAUGAUGUUUAAGUACAACGAUAAAAAACAACUCGAAGAUAUAAAACUAAUAGAUUUCCAAAUGUCAAGAGCAUCGACUCCUGUAUUUGAUCUUACAUAUACAUUUUACUCCGGGGCGGGUCCGGAGGAACUUAAAAAUUGGGAACAUUUCUUAAAAGUUUAUUACAACAGCCUCAAAUUGUCGCUGCAGCAGUAUAAUCUCGAUGUUGAUAAAAUUUAUCCAUAUGAAACCCUUAAAGCAGAAUGGAAAGACUACAUUCAGUUUGGUUUUAUCAUGGGCAUUAUGAUUUGGGGUGCAAAGUUUGUUGAGGAGGACGAAAUAAUUGACUUGGAUGUUACGGAAAACAAGGAGGAACGAACAAGCUUAAAAGCAAAAGAACAAUAUGCUUUUCAUGUCUUAGCUUUAAUUGAACAUUUUUAUUUAAAUAACUUUUUAAUUGAAAGUUGAUAUUUUUUUAUUAUUUUAUAUAUUUAGAAAAUAAAGACAAAGAUUAUUCUUCUACAG